CCUGUCUUUUCCAUCCUAAACAAUCACGCUCUACAUCUUUCUCAUCCUCCUGUAAUUGUUCCCGACCCUUUUCUGACCGUGGACUGUAAUAAUUGCAUUGAAUGGUCUUUUAUCUUGCUUUUUCGCAUGGCUGGAGUCGGGGUGAUGAAGUUUGGCGUGACUGUGACUGAGGCGCGUUUGAUUGCCAUCUAAGAAAUUCGUUCACAGAAAUUCAUCUGCGGCUCUUUUUAAAAGCCAUUUCCAGACACGGUGGACCGAGUACAAUUAGUGCUUUUGGCCCUCAGGCUGGUCAAUAUUAGAGACAUUCUUCGAAUUGUGGCAUUGAGUUCGGAUUAAGGCACGAGGGGCAACCAAUUUGUUGUUGUUACGGGACAGAAGAGUGACCCAAAAGGACAGACAGACAACCUGAGAACCUCUGUUUGACUGAACGACUACUGCUUAACCUAACACCUAACGCAUUUCCUACAAUUUUCCGGACGACAAACACGGAUAAUCCGCAACCCAUUCCAUCGCCUUCGGGCUGAUCUCUGCGCUGUCUGUCGUGGCUUUGAUGCAGCCGAGAGAGUGUUGCGGCCUGUGAGUGGCGAGUCCAAGAAAACCUGAAUUUCUGCCACCAAAACCAAGCGUUUAAUCGGCCGCCGCCGAGUCCGAGCACGUGACCUUCGAUCUCCAGAAUCUCCAACUCCAGCUUGUUGGUCAAGGGAAUGGAUUCGUCCACCAACCAUGCCAUCAAUGGCACGCAUAAUUCCAAUAAUCAAGCGUAUCCCUAUCUCGAUGGUAUUCAGACCUAUUCCAAUGAAGAGUUUAGUCGAUUCUUCGAUCCUGCGCUGUUUGAAGACACCACUAUUGGUCCUGGCUUCACUCAGCAGACACAACAACUACCUCCAAACUUCAAUCAAGAUGUGUCGAGGCAGUCUCACAGUCCGCUGCCCCAGUUCAAUUCACCUCAACCCGCCUAUCAACCUCAUAAUCAAUACUCCCAGUCUCCCCUCUACGAUACCCGCCAACUACCGCAGCAGCAGAACUAUGACCCUCGCUUCUACUCAGGGCCGUCACCGUCACCUCUCGGCUUUGAAGGCGGAUAUAGCUUCCAGCCUCCGAUGAACUACAAUGCUCAGGGCUUCAAUUCUCAACACAUGAAUAUGCCACCGAGGCAGACACCAACGCCGACGAAUUUUGCCCCUGGCUCUGGACAAAAGCAACAGCCUCCUCCCUACGUCAAUGUGCAGCCAUCGCACCUGGCUCAGAUGCAGAACCCUGAGAUGAUGCAUUAUGGAAAUUAUCAGAAUCAAAGCCGUCAAUCAUCGGGUUCUUUUGUUGACCCAAACCUGUUGUCGACAGGGCAAAUGUUGGGUGCCUCAAACAAUAAUGUGAAUUUUCAGCAUCAGCAGUCAUAUCUUGGUCAGCCAUCCUACUUCAAAGCUGGUUCUACGGUCGAUCCAAGGACAUUGCAAGGUGCACUCCCAGUUCAACCUGCACCAUCUCCUGCUACACAGCAGCCUCAAAUAUCUGUGGUUAUUCCAAAACCUGAGAAAGCUCCACAAAGCAAACCUUCCAAGGACUCGAUUGCGCCCAAGAAAACUAAGAAGAAAGGCACCAAUGAUCCUGCAUCAGACUCGGAAGAUGAACUUUCCAUUCAAGUCGAGGAGCCUCCAGAGCCGACGCCAGCAAUUCUGAGUAUAGAUCUGCCUACAGAGGAGGGACAAAAGGCACAGUAUCUCGCUGUUCACGCAGUUUUCUCACCACGCAACAAGCCUGCAACUCCUGAGAAAGUUCGGGGUGGCAUUGCAAGCUUUGGUGAUUCCGUUCGGGCACUGCGAGAUUCCUGGAAGGUCAAAAAUGAAAACUUGAGAAAGGCCGAGUUACCCGAUUCCCCAACAGCUAAAGAUGCCGAUGCUCUCAAAAAGGAAGUCGCCCGCUACCGUUCGCUUAUUCAGGAGGUAAUGACGAGAUCGUUAAAUUUCGGGCAUCCCUCCAUCGUUAAAAGACUAGGCGAGAAUCACUUCACAAUGGCAGCACUGUCGUCAUUCAUACUUGAUCGAUUCACCGUGGGGGACUAUGAUAGUCCCCUUACACUGGCUAUCCUAAAGUUCGUUAUCAAGUUUGAAACACUCGAUUUCGAAACGUUAGAAAUGACGAAACUGUCCAAGUUACUACAACGCUUGACUAAGAAAGCAACCACAGAUAUCAAGACAUUGGCGCAGUCAAUUCUUGAAAACGCUACAGCUGUGUCUGCCAAGAAGAAAGCUGCCAGCAAAUCCGAAAACCCAGCGUCACCCAAUGUUGGUGGUAGCCCUAGGGAAGCGGUCGCGGGAACGAAGCGGCCGCGCGAGGGUGAAUCAGCUUCACAGACUGUACCAAAGAAGGUUGUGAAAGUACAAUCGUCGAAGCCUCUGGCAUUGCAAAAUGCUGAACGUAGAAAGGCUUUUGAGGCUGGUAAAGCUGCCGAGAAACCUGUAGCUACCUCUUCAGCUCCAGCAAAGGCCAAAGUGGCAGUGACAGCGCCUCCCAAAUCUGCCGUUUUCUCAUCUUUAAUGUCGGCCUCCAAGAAGCCAGGAACCUCAAUUGCUGCUCGUGCAGCUGCAGCCGCAAAAGAUAAAGGUUCUGCGGUGACGAAUACCCCGGCACCACCGGUGGUAGUAGUGAAGAAGGAAGUUGUUGGCAGAGACUCGCCUCCGAUUUCGGGCGCUCUAGCGCCGAAGACCACAUCGACCCCUUCUGCCCUUCUCGGCCUCUUAGCUGACAUGGAGAAGAAGCCUCAGAAAGAAGUCAAGAAAGAAGCUCAGAUACCGAAUGAGACGGAGGAAGAAAAGGCCAGACGUCUCCGGAAGGAGGCACGUAAGAAAUUACGUGUGACGUGGAAAGCGGACUCGGACCUAGUGGAGACUCGACUCUUCACUCACGACCCAGAUGAGGAAAUAGGUGACGGUGACAGCCUGAAACGUGAUGCUGGUGAUACAGGUCGCGAGGGUGAAGCUUUGAAACUUCAUCAAUCCAUGGAUGACUUGGAUGAUGAAGAGGAUGAAAAUGAGGAUUCACAUGAAGAUUUCGAAACAUAUUCAACUCCAAGCGAGGUGGAUUUCACAGUCCUCGAAAACGACACCGGCUCCUCAGAAGCUAACUUCUUCAAAUUUGGAGGUACGACGAGAGCCGAAGGUGUGAACAAUGAAGAACAAAACAAGCGUGAGCAGGAGACGGUCAUGGCGACAUAUGCAUCGAAAUCCGAUCGACCUCCGACACCAAAGGAGCCAGAUGAGAACGAAGAGGGCGAUUUCGAGCCGGCAGAACCAGCCAUUGACUUUGGUGAGCCUGAUGCCAAAACUCGUCAACGCGAGAAGGAUUAUCAAGCACGUCAAGCUAGAAAUCAACCUGGUUUUCCACUCCAGCCUCAGGUUGCUCCGGCACAAGCCGCUUCACAGCAACCCGCGGCCAUUUCGUCGGCUCUUCAGCAAGCUUUGGCUCAGUUUCAACCAGCUCAAGCUCAAGCCGCGGUGGCACCCCAGCUGGACCUUUCAGCAUUGUUCCAGUCAGUUCAGCAGAUCAAUCAACAAGUUCAAAGCCAGACUCCAGCACCCCAGUACGCACUGCCCCCUGUCACUCCAGAUCUAAGCACCAUCCUGGCGAAUUUGCAACAGCAACAACAACAGUCUUCUCAACAUUCGGCACCUUCUGUCGGUAUAGGAACUGAUAUCAGCCCUUACCCUGGCUCAGUGGAUGAUUCAUCACGGAAGCAUGCUCGAACUGACUCCAAUGACUAUGACUAUGAUGAAGCUGGCAGGAAAGGAGGAGCCAAGAAAAAGAAACCCUACAACUACAAAACACAGAUUUGUUCAUUCUGGGAACAAGGUCGAUGUACUAAAGGUGAUUCUUGCACAUACCGACAUGGUGAAGAAGAUUUUUCUUGACAGCGAUGAUUCAUGACGAUACCGAUACUCGCUUGAUUGUACAAUAUUUUUUCGAUCAUUCAAAUUAAACCUAUCAGCGGCACUAUUUCGACAUUGAGCAGUCAGUCUGGGACUGGGCAGCGGUUCUGUCUUGUUUCUUUUGUUUUUCCCCGCUGAUUCACCAACCCGAGAAACAUGGCGUUGUUUUUGAACCCCCCAGAAAGAGAGGAGAGGUUGGCAAAAUUUCAGCGUGACAACAAAGAUUGCUUUUGUCAAAGUAUAUGCAUGCAUUGGGCUGAUGAGAAAGGACCCUUUGAGCUCUGGGGGGAGGGUUGAUGAACUUGAUAUUGCGAGUGAGCGGGCACGAGAGAGUAAAUGAUAUCCUAGAUUAUGGAGUGCCAAGGGCAUGCUUAAUUGAAAAUAUAAUCAUUC